UGUAUAUAUAUGAUGAAGCUUGGUGCACAAUUUGUUUAUGAAUCAAUCUCGCCGCAAAUUGUGAGAUAUGAAGCUACAGAGAGUAAAUUAUGAUGCAGAUGAAAAAGAAGACCGGUUAAGCGAUUUACCCGAUUGUAUUGUUCUUCAUAUAUUCUCUUUUUUGAAUGUAAAACAAGUUGUUCAGACUUCAGUUUUGUCCACAAGAUGGCACCAUCUCUGGAAGUAUCUACCCACACUUACACUAGGUUCUUCACACUUUGACAAUUUUGAUAGUUUUAUCAGAUUUGUCAUUAAUUUUUUCUAUUUUCUAUGUCGCGACGGCGAUCCCUCCAUCUCGCUGCACAAACUCGGUUUUCUCUACGAGGAUGGCCUGCCUCCUUUCCGCCACCGCCACCACGUCGAGGAUGGCGUGAGUCCUGACCUCUUAAAUAGCAUGUUAAAUUAUGCUGUUUCACGCAAUGUUAAGGAAUUGCAAAUCUGUAUGAGAUCUGAUAUUCAACUCUUUCCGUCUUGUCUCUCUUCAUGUCACAGUUUAACAUCUCUUGACUUUUUUGUUCCCCAAAGAAACCCUAAAAAUCCUAAUGGAACAGUAUUAUUUCCGAAUUCUCUAAAUUUGCCAUCAUUGACCCACUUGCAUAUAGGGCGUGUGGCCUUUCAUGGCGGAGUUGAUCUUUUUUCUGGUUUUCCCCGGUUGAAUAGAAUGAUGAUUACUCACUUUAAAAUUUUGGGUGAACAAAACUUAUGCAUAUCAAGUACCACCCUUGUUGUACUAGCCAUGAAAAAUAUUUUUCCUCAUCAUUGGAAAAUUCAGCUGUCUACUCCAAAUCUUUCUACUCUUGUUUUUAUAGGAACUCCUCCUUCUCAGAUAAUGUGUGCGAGCCGUCUCAGUUCUCUUAAACACGUCCAAAUUUACCCGGAAAAAAUGAAUUAUGUAAAAGCUCCUUCUCUUCUACUCAGCUUGUUGCAUCAACUUGCUGAUAUUCAAUGGUUGACGCUCUCUUCCAAUACUCUUCAAGUUCUCUCUUUACUUCCUGAUGUAUCUAACAUUAAACUCAAUUCCUUGUAUAAGUUGGAGUCAUUGAGGAUAAAAGUGAAAGAAAUUUCCAAGACAUUGUUCGAGCCUGCCGGAUCACAAGAAGAAGAAGAAGUUGCCAAGUUAAUAGAAGCAUUAAAAAAAGGUUCCUCAUCCAUUCCUUCUAAAAUAAUUGAUUUUUUGCUUCAAAAUUCACCCUCAGCAAAAGUUCACAUCAUUCAGUGAAAUAUGCAUUCUACUUUUAUAAGAUAUCUAUUAGGUUUUUUUUUUCUUUCUUUUCAGUGAAUCACAUAGGAGGAUAGUGUCAUUUGUUAUUCUCUAACUUGUACUAGUUGCUGAAGUUUAUUGGAGAUGAAGAAGUUGAUAGUAUGUGUGUUAGUCUUCGACACUAACACUGACACCGACACCUGUGAAUUGUGAUUAUAUUUAAUUUGUUUAUUAUUUUUUUAAAUUAUUAUCUUUGUUGACGUGUUAGUGUAGGUGUCCUGUGUCCGUUGCCAGUGCUUCAUAUCGGAAGUUGUUAACAUAACUGGUUAAGGGCUGAGGUAAAAAGCCCCAAUUGAUUUAGAGCUGAGGUAAAAAGCCCCAAUUGAUUUAGAGCUGAGGUAAGAAGAAACUUUGGCUUAUAAGAAUUAAGAACAUGAAAUAAAAGUCUAGUUACUGAUGUGGAAAAGUUUGAAAUGGAAAGUACCUUAUCAGUGUUAACAUAAAGUUUGGGACCCAUCAAGUUGAGUGUGAGAAAAGGUGAAACUGGUUAUGUUUGUAUUUGGACCAAGAGGAAGAUCUCUGUGAGAGAUCAGGAGCCCAUAAUUUGUGUGCUUGAUAGUCAAGAAAGUAUGGCAAUUCUGACAUUGGUGGCUUAUCGGUAUUACAUAUCAAUUUUAGUUCUUCUCAUUAGUUCACCAACAUGAAUUUUAUAUUUUGUGCAACUUUCAUCAUAUACCAUCUUCAUCUUCUUCUUGUGAAAGGUACACAAUUAACUCAUAAUUUUUAUGAUUUGUGUGAUUUUCAUUUAUGGUUCUUUUUGUGGUUUAUUUGUGACUUCAACUUCCAUGGAGAAAUGAACACCCAUGCUUUCUUAUUCGUUACUAUGGUGAAAGCUAAGUAAGUAGUAUAUGUUAUAUGAUGUUCUAAAUCUCUAUAAAAUAUGUUGAAAGACAUAUUUAUCUAUGUUAAGUUUAACAUGUUGCAUUAAAUUUAUAUAUGUAUGAUUUAUAGAUUAUUCAAGUAUGUGAAUUUGACUAAUUAAGAAUAUAUCAACUACCUAACUAAGAAUGAAAAAUGCCUAUGGUCACCAUUAAAUAAUUACCCUUUCAUACAAAAAGUUGAUGUAAUUUUGGUUGAAAAGUUCUCAAAUUUUCAGAAGCAGUGGUCAACAGCCCGUCAAAGCUUACCAAAGAUACUUGAACCUUUCAUGCUUUUGUUGAAGCCCUUGUUUCAAUUUUUCACACUUUUUUAGUACCUUUGUAAAAAGAUACCUUCUCUUGAUAUUUUUAUUGUCCAGGUUACUUACCCUUUACGUUUUAUUCCCUAAUUCUUUAAGUAAUUAUAUGUUUUAUGUGAUAGAUUCAAUGUUACUUGUUCUUGCUUAAGUUAGAGUUUUAAUGUUACUAGACAAGUGUACUCGAAAAAUGUAGGUUUGAGAAACAUCUCAGAUGCUAAAUACAUACUAUUAAAUAUCAUAUUCGCAUAUUAGUUUGUGUUUGAUUAUAUUAGUUUGGUGUUCAGGCUACAUGAGAGAUUCUAUUUUACCCAAAUUUGCUCUCUUGGCAUAGAUGAUGUUUGGCACUCUAUUUAUAGCAAGAAAUUUAUUUGGAUUUUAGUUAGAUUAAGGCCUUAUUGUAUAAGUGCUUGUGUAAAAUUUGUUUCUAUAAUAAAAGAUAAAAUAAAGUUAAGCAGAUUUCAUAUAAGCAAUAAGUUUUUUCAUAAGCUAUCCUUAAGAGCUAAUAGAAAUAAGUUGAAAACAACUUGUGUACAUGUCAAGCUGUUUUAGUAAGCUCAGUCAAACAAUCUCUGAAGUACUUAUGUUAGUUUAUAAGCUCAAUUAAGUUAACCUAAACAGGUCCUAACUAUGUAAUGAUUCAUUGACGAAUGAAGCAAAACAACCAAAGAUGGCAGCAACCAGCAAAUAUGAUUCUAUAGUUUUAUAUUUCACUUUUUUUCAUUUCUUUGUUUUGUGCAGAAUCCUCCUUCAGUUCUAACUCUGGUGGCUGUAAAAUGGACUAGCUGGUUGAGGAAUCCUCCUUCAGUUUCAGUGCUAUCUUUAAAAGUUGUUUCUCACUGGUUUGAAAGCUUUCUUUAUGCAAAAUUUGAAAGUAUUUUAGCUCUUAUAAUUUGUUGAAUAAGUUUAAUUUGUAGUGUGGAAUCUAUUUCAUUUCAUUCUUUAGUCUUGCUCUUGACAUGUAUCUAUCAUAUAAGAAAAUUCAAUGUUCUUUAAAAACCUAAAAUGUUCUUCUUGUUCAAUAUUAAGCCGCGUGUAUAGCUUAAGCAUUCACUACAGCACUCUGUUUUACAAUCCAUUUUGUGUUUGAUUUCAACAACUCCUUCAACGACAGUUUCAAAAACGGAUUCUCUUCUAAAUUAAAAAACGGUUCCUCAUUCAUUAAUCUGCCUGCCCUCUCUUUCUCGAACUCGUCCUUGCUCUCUUUCUCCAUCUCUCUUGCUUACGGCUUCUUCUUCCUUACCCCUUCUUCUUCUUGUACCUCACAUUAAACCUAAAUUUUUGAGAGAUCAAACCCACUGCUCCAACAUCAAAACCACUGCACUUCCACCUAAUACUCCUUUGCCACCCGGUUCGAUUCCACUGUACAUAUUUCGCCACCAACGUUGCUAUUUGCCUUAAGGCUGAAGAUAAUAAACCUGAUUUUAUUACAAGGAUUGUUGAGUUCUUCGAAUCUGAAGACAAAGAUCUAUCUUUUACCGCUUAGUGGUUUUACAUAGUCGUGUUAUUAAGAUUCAUCUAGAGCUUAUUGACAAGAAGAUUGUCUUCAUAUAUGGUGUCAAAGAUGAAAAUCCUUUUGAUUGUAUUGUGAGGGAACUAAAGUAACGCCGGUGACUACCAUCACAAUGAAAGUUAGAAAAUCCUUUCACUAUCCUUUGGAAAAGGAAGAAGCUUGUCACUUUAAAUCAUCUGUGAUUUCAGAGCCGAUGUCAACGCUAAAGAUCGUUAGAAGAACACCGUAAUUCGAUUCUAAUUUUCUUUAAUUCUAUGUGGCUAUGUUGUUUGAUUGCUUUUGAAACUAAAUUGAAAUUGAAAUUGAGUUGACUCCUUAUGUUAAAAAGGUUGUGUUGGAAUGUUAUGAUGAGGUGAAACCUACAGGUGAUGAGCAAGCCGAUUGUCAGAUGAACAAUUCAAAUACUAAAGAAGAAAUUGACAAAGAAGUAGAGCCAAUGGGAAGGAAUUAAAAUGAUUUUAUUUUUUUAUUUAAAAAGUGAAAUGCGAUUUUUUUUCCUUUCAUAAUAACUAGUUUCAUAAUAACUAGUUUCAUUUUCAUAAUUUUUAGUAAACAUUCCCAAGAAUCUAGAAAAAGACAAAUCCAAAUCAAAAUUAUUCUAACCUGACAAAUUUCACUGUAUUUUACUGUGAGAGUUACAAUGAUAAAACAAGGAUAGGACUAACAUGCAAACAUGGAAGACAAAGAUUAAGAUUUCAAAAAAAAAAAAAAAUAGUGGUGUUGCAAGAACACAACGCGAAAAUAUUGCAUUAAUCAACUGAAAGCGGCACUCAUAAAAACUAGUUGCGCUAUUUUCAUUGGUAGCCAGGAAAAUUAUUGAUGCUUACCAAACAUGGUGUGGCGCAAUGUCUACAAUGCCUAACGAGCAAGUCAACAAUUCACUUAAUUGCGACGAGUUUAAGGUUAACAGCGACACGGUUUUAUGGUUUUAGGAUUUAUUCAAUAUAAUGUUAAGUGUAUUUAGUGAUUAGAGUUUUAGGACAUGAUAACCAUUAUUAUAUCAAGCAACAAAUUCAGUGGAAAGAUACAAAAAAUCAUAGAUGACUUGAGGGGUUUUGUUUUGCUCAACUUGUCAAAUAACCUUAUUGGCAGCAUUCCAAAACCAUAAGGAAGUAUUGAAAUCAUGGCAUCUCUAAUAAAAACGCUUAUUCCA